UCUUUUCGUCCCGUUUCCUGUCAAAGCGGAAUGAUCAGUAUUCGAAAAGAUAUGGGAGACAUUAUGAAGAUGAAGGAACAAUCUGAUAAAAAUGAGCAUUGGCAGGUUCAACUUACACAACGACGAAGAAUAAUUAUUCCGAUAAAACAGUGGAACGUCGAUUAUUUUUUCAAAAUUAUCGACGAAGGACUGGAGGAUUUUCUGAAAUAUGACAGAUGCUACAAAUUGGCAGACAAGUAUCUCAUCGCAAUGGUGUUCAUGUAUUUUCUCAGAGCAUCCUUUCACCCGGAGGAAUACACGCGUUUCAACUUUUACGUUGCUUUAUAUUUGGCGCACGACAUGGAAGAAGAUGACGAGGAGACGCGUACCGAUUUACUGACUUGGUCACCGGUAGGAUCUCCUGGAAUCUGGACACCUACGUUGCUAUUGCGCGAACGCGAGGAACUUUUUAAGAGGAUAGAUUGUCGUGCUGUCGUCUCUCGUAUAUGUUGCGAGCGUCUCAUGAGAAUCGCAAGACCGAAUCAUCCGAUAUGGAAAAGACAGAGACACCCUGUUCACGCUGGGGCGAUACCACGAUUUCAUAAGGUCCAGAAUGUCUGUCCGAAUUGUAUAGGAUACCGAAUGUCCGAAUCGUCGUCAUGAUGAGUAUGGGGAUAGUCGUGGCGCCCGGGCCGCCACAUCGAAGAGAACUUCAUAGCAAUAACUACUCAUUUGAUAACUUUUCUGGCAUAUCGAAUCGAUCUACAAGGUCUCAUAUUCGUCAAAUGAUUCGAUCAUUGUUUUAUCGUAUUGAAAAUUUCAUUGCGACAUCAAUUAACAAUAAUUGAAUUUUUAACCAAAUAAUUAUAACUUAUUUAAGCUUAGAAGUUGAUAAUAAUAAUUCAGGACAGCGACACGGUGAAAUAGGAAAAAAAAGUGUAUUUCUACAUUUAUCUUGCCUUACACGUGGCUUAUCGUACUACAUGUCUAUAAAAAGAAGACGCGAAAAGUGAGAAUUUUUUUUUUUUAUGUUAUUAUUAUUAUUAUUACUAUCGUAAUUAUCGAUGUUGCUGUUGUUGUUGGAGGAAAAUGCCGUGAUGAUGUCAAACGACAAGAGUGGGUGUUGGGGGAAAGAUUAUACGUAAAUGUAUGAUAAAAAUAAAAUAAAAAAAUAAAAAAGUU